GGUUGGCUCUAAUUGUUUACUGCAUUUCACCUGCCUUCUCAUCUACUCUUUCUGAAUCGAAAAUCACUACUCUUCAUUCUACAGUUUCUUCUUUUCAAACACAUGAAUCUAUUGUUACUCUGAAAUCAACUAACCUUAACCCAACUCAACAAUCACAACAAACCCAAACAUCCCAAGAACCACCACCCCAACAAACCGGACAACAACAACUAACCCGACCAACCCAACAAUCAACCCGACAACAACCACCCCAACAACCAUCCCAACAAACCGGACAAAAACAACCAGCAGCACCUCAACCAGCACCAGAUCCCAAUCCACCACCAGCAACUGAAGCACCAGCAGCAACAGCACCAGCACCAAAACAAAGCCAACAACAACCCCAACCAACCCCAAAACAAAGCCAACAACAACCACCCCCGCCACAACCAACCCCACAACAAAGCCAAAAACCACCCUUCAAGAAACCCAUAACAAGAAACCCAAUAACCACCUUCACAACCAACCCAACGACCACCACACCCUCACAACCAACCCAACAAUCACUUUCUGAAUUGAAAACUUUGAUCAUCGCUUUAUCUGUUUUUACAGGACUUUCUUUUACUU